AUGGUCUCAUUACGGAGUGUGCGUCGCUUUGUAUGGGGAGAAAUUCCAGACAGCAAGACGGAGCGGACACUGCUGCUGAAGAUAGACUGGUUCAUCUUGUCGUACUGUUGCCUCAUGUACUUUACGAAUUACCUUGAUCGAAGCAACGUGUCAAAUGCAUACGUCUCCGGCAUGAAGGAAGACCUCCACAUGUACGGUACCGAGUUUAACAAAAUCAACACGAUCUUCACAUGCGGAUAUAUCGUCGGGAUGGUGCCGAACAACCUGAUGCUCCAGGUGGUCUCGCCCAGAAUUUGGUUCCCCGCUAUGCAGAUCGUCUGGGGUGUCUUGACUUUCUGCUCGAGUGCGGUUAAAAACGUCGAGCAACUCUAUGCUAUUCGGUUCUUCCAAGGGCUCACUGAGGCAUCGACAUUCGUCGGGACGCACUAUAUCCUUGGCUCAUGGUACAAGCCAGGCGAGCUCGGCAAGCGUUCUGGCAUCUUCACAAGCUCAGGCCUCAUCGGGACUCUGUUUUCUGGUGUGCUCCAGGCCGCGGUGUAUCAGCAUCUCAACGGGGUAGAUGGUCGCAGUGGCUGGCGCUGGCUAUUCAUCAUUGACGGCGUCAUCACCCUUCCUAUCGCUCUAUAUGGCUUCUUCGUCUUCCCCAACACGCCGACCACGACGACCGCGUUCUACCUGUCGCCAGAGGCAAGUCUCAUCCUCCGCCAUCGACGCCCGAAGGAGCACCGCGGGCUGCGCCGUCCGACCUGGGACCUCGCAAAACGUGUCCUGGGCCGAUGGCGGUGGUACGGGUGCAGCCUCCUCUUCGCCAUCUCCGGCGAGACGGAGAGCCUCGGCUCCAACAACCUCAUGGGCCAGUGGCUCUCCGCGCUCGGGGGCUACACCGUCGAGCAGGUGGACUACUACCCGUGCGGCGUGACCGCGGUGGGCAUCGCCUCGACGCUCGUGUGCGCGACGUGGACCGACGCGACGCGCUCGAGGGCGCGCUGGCCCGUGCUUGUGUACAUGUCCGUGGCGGUCAUGGUCGCCGCGGUGUGCCUCUUGGUGUGGGGGAGCCCGACGGGGCUGAAGUUCUUCGCGUAUUACCUGGCGGGUGCGAGCUAUUCCGGGCAGGCGACGACAUUCGCCUGGGCAAACCAGAUCUGCGCCGACGACGACCAAGAGCGCGCCGUCGUCCUCGCCUCCAUGAACAUGUGGAACAACGUCGUCAACGCCUGGUGGCAGCUCGUCUUCUACCCCGCCACCGACGCGCCGCGCUUCCGCAAGGGCAUGUGGGCCAUGAUCGGCAUCGGCCUCGCGACCCUUCUCGUCACCUUCCUCGUGUGGUACCUCGAGCGCCGCGAGAAGCGUGUCGCUGCACGGGCCGGGGACGAUGGCCCUGCGGAGGAUGGGAUCGAAGAAAAGGAGAGGGAGCUGGACGAGAAGAACGUGGAUGGGUUUGAGCCUUGA